CUCGGGACUCUGAGUGGCUGAGGGCUUCCGUGUAUCAUGGCGGUCGGCGUGUACUGUACCAUAAGAGAUAAAAUUUUUCUUCUGAGGACUGCUUUAGCUGCACCCCCACAACUUUGAGUGGCUAUAUGAAGGAAGAGGUGGAAGACUCUACUGAAGAUGAGGCGACUGAGUCGAAAAAAAACCUUAAAUUUGGUGAAAGAAUUGGAUGCCUUUCCAAAGGUUCCUGUAAGCUAUGUAGAGACUUCAGCAGUUGGGGGUACAGUUUCUCUAAUAGCAUUUACUACAAUGGCUUUGUUAACUAUAAUGGAGUUUUCAGUAUAUCAAGAUACUUGGAUGAAGUAUGAAUAUGAAGUAGACAAGGAUUUUUCUAGCAAGUUAAGAAUCAAUAUAGAUAUUACUGUGGCUAUGAAGUGUCAGUAUGUUGGUGCUGAUGUAUUGGAUUUAGCAGAAACAAUGGUUGCAGCUGCAGAUGGUCUAGUUUAUGAAUCAGUAAUAUUUGAUCUCUCACCCCAACAAAGAGAGUGGCAGAGAAUGUUACAGACGAUUCAGAGUAGGCUGCAAGAGGAACAUUCAUUACAAGAUGUGAUAUUCAAAAGUGCUUUUAAAAGUGCCUCAACAGCACUACCCCCAAGGGAAGAUAAUUCAUUACAACCUCCAGAUGCAUGCAGAAUUCAUGGUCAUCUAUAUGUCAAUAAAGUAGCAGGGAAUUUUCACAUAACUGUGGGCAAGGCAAUUCCACAUCCCCGAGGUCAUGCACACCUGGCAGCACUUGUCAGCCAUGACUCCUACAACUUUUCCCACAGAAUAGAUCAUUUGUCUUUUGGUGAACUUGUUCCAGGAAUUAUUAAUCCGUUAGAUGGAACUGAAAAAAUUGCUAUAGAUCACAACCAGAUGUUCCAAUACUUCAUCACAGUUGUGCCAACAAAACUCAAUACAUACAAAAUCUCAGCAGACACUCACCAGUUUUCAGUGACAGAAAGGGAACGUGCCAUUAACCAUGCAGCAGGAAGCCAUGGGGUAUCUGGGAUAUUUAUGAAAUAUGAUCUUAGUUCCCUUAUGGUAACAGUGACUGAAGAACAUAUGCCAUUCUGGCAGUUUUUAGUGAGACUGUGUGGUAUUAUUGGAGGAAUUUUCUCAACAACAGGCAUGCUGCAUGGAAUUGGAAAAUUCAUAGUUGAAAUAAUUUGUUGUCGUUUCAGACUUGGAGCCUACAAACCUGUUACUUCUGUCCAGGAUGGCCACACAAACAACCACUUACCUCUUACAAAAAAUAGUAUUCAUAGCACCUCCUGAGAAGAGGGGAAACAUUUUUUUGCCUGACAGGAAAUCUUUUUUUAAUAAUAAAAUAUUGUGCAAUAUGUUCAAAGAGAAGAAAGUAUGAAUGGGAAGGAGAAAUCACACCUUAAAAAACCCAACAACCUUGUGUGUGUUGUUUCUGUUACAAAUUUGUUAGAAGAGGUCAUGAGGCCUAUCUUCUGAUUGAACCCAACAGAAGAAAUUCUGUGAAGAAAAUCCCAACUACUACUUUCACAGCAGAUGGGCAGUCAACAUUAAAAUCAGGCCAUUCUUAUUGGUAAGGUAGAUUCUUAAAGGGAAAAAGUCAAACUGCAUAUUAAUAAAAAAGUAGUAGACAUGGUGAAUCCCUUUAUUUUUAUAAAGGCAUGUUGGAAUUAAAACAUGUAUAAAAUUAGUCCAGACAUUGAAAAUAAGUUGAUCAGUCCCUCUGUCAAUAAAGGAAAGGAACCAGAAAUAGCUCCUAUGAUAUAGCCUUAUUCGUAUUAAGCCAUAUUAAUACAAAAAUUCCAUUAAUUAAGGCUGAUCUAAAAUAAGAAAUAUGACCUAAUUGCUUUUCAUUGUAAUUGGAUCUUUUAAUUACCUAACAUUGCUCAAGCCAGGAAGAAGAUAAAAUCAAAAGUUACUAUGAUGAUACUGAUGCUUAGAAAUGUAACUAAGCAAUACCUUAGUGACAGAAUUUGAACUCUUUUGGAUGGUAGUAGGGAAAUCUAUUCCUUUGAAAGAAAGUGCUGUUUUUCCUGAUUUGAUCAAUUUCUUUCUUUGCAAAAAGUUUAUAGCUAAACAUAAAGUUUAAGGAGUUAAGACAUGGGCUUGUUAUAUUUAUAUCUGUGCUAUGUUGAUUUAGUUAAUUUAUCCAGACAAUAUAAAGUUGAAGAAUAAGUCAAAAGGAACCAGCAUUAUGCUUAAAAGAAAAGAUGCAGGGGUUGUUAGAUACCAAAUGAAGGAAUGUGAUUUGUUACAUAUACGAACUUCCAUUUCCUCUUCUGUAAAAUGUGAAUGGGGUAUGACUAAAGUCACUUUCCGUUCUAAAAUUUCAUGAGACAAAGAAACAGAUUGCUUUAUUAAUAUUAAGAAUGGCAGGCCUUAGAUUUACAUUUCUGAGGAGUGUAGAGUUUGUAGCUGUAACCUUAAGCUGAUUAAAAACAGCAGUAAUAAAUAAAAUUAAAGGUAAAAAAAGACCUGUAAUUUGAACUGCCAUUCAGAACUAUAUUUUCCUUCAAUAAACAUGUGAAACUUUAGUUUUCCUUUUGUAAUAAAUACUUAAGGACUUUGGAGGAAGAUUUAUUCAUUCCCAAAGUUCUAACCAUUAAGAGAAAAGGGAAUGUGGAAAUCUUGCAGGUAAGUAAUAGCCCAAAUCAGAAAUAUGCUACUAUAAUGAACUGGGAAAUAAAUGGUGACUUUGUAUGGAAUGGUAUAUUAGAAGGUGAUAAACUAAAAGUUAUAUUAAGAAAAAAGGUAGGGGAAGGGAAUUGCCCUUUUGGAAAAAUAGUGUUGAUAAUCUUUCGUAAUAUGGGAAAGCAAGUAAAUAUUUCCUGAAGGAACUAGAUUGAAGUAGAAUUCACAUCUAGUAAGUACUUUGCAGAAAGUAAAAGUGUACUGCCUUGAUAAAUAGUGCAUUAAAAAAAGUAGAAGCCCCUUAAUUAGCUCAUUUUAUUUCUUCUUAAAAAGAGUUUGACCCUAGGAUUUUAGAGUCAUAAAUGACCCUUAUUUAGAUUCUGCAUAACAAAGUAUUAGAAUUUUAUUUUAAAGAAAAAUUUGUAGCAUGAACUUUAUUAAAAUAUUGGGAAAAAAUCAGAAGGUAUUUAUACAAGGUUUUGAAUGACUUUAUCCAUUAAAAUGCAGUUUAGUUGUUUUGUUCCUCUUAUCCAUCUCUAUCCCCUGAGGGAAAAAUGUGAACAAAUCAACACCCUUGAUACACUAACUUGGUUUCAGGAGUAUAGGAAACAUGGCAUAUAGUUUUUUUUUAAAGGCAGUUAAAAAUCGCUUAAAUAAAGUUUUCUUCUUUCUAUCUUACUUAAAGGUUUUGCAGAUAUCUCUUACUUUCAAGAAUGUAUUUGUCUAGAGCAAGUAGAAUUGUUAAUUUCUCCGAAUCCUGUUUUCCCACUGACUUUCCCCAAUUAUUAAUCCUUUUGAAAAGUUAUUAUAAGGGGAUACCUGGGAUACCUGCUUGGUAAUUGUUAGAAUCAGAGAAGUACAUCUGUGAGAAGUUGUUCUCAACAAGUAGUUUUUUCCCUUGUACUUUUUCUUCCUAUAGCAACUUUCCCCUUAACCUGGAUCUUUCCUUUAGGUCUUACAACUGUAUCAAUCCUUUUUUUGCCUAGAUUUUAAAAAUGUCUUAAAAGAGAAUGUCUUAAAAGCAGAAGUAUUAACUUUUGUCUGAUAUUAUCCAGAUACCACUAACAUGAUGUAUUUAUAGUUUGAGAAUUCUUUGACACUUCAUUUUCUAUAAAGUUAGUUUGUCCUUUAUUUCAUCAGUUUUGUGUGUUGGCUCAAACAAUAGCUCUGUAAGUUUUCUGGAUAAAAAUGAACUACUUACACUUAAGUAGUUACUGCUACAUCUAUUAAUCCUCAGAUCUUCCUCUUAGAAACAUGUCACAGCAUAAACAAUAUAAGCCCAAGAUAGAAAAAUUCUAUGAUUAAAAAAAAAAACAUAUCAAUGUGAACAAACAUGUCUUGAAUCCCUAAUUUAAAUUUUAAAAAUAAUUUAAAAAUUAACAAAUUUCCUAAAAUAUUGCAUGUUUUCUCUAUAUCUGUGCUCUCCUCUUUAACAUCAAUAAUUCAAGAAUGAUACUUGAAACGGUUUCUACUACUGUACUAUAAUCUCCUUUGUUUAAGUCUAAAACUUAAGUUCAUGUUCAAGGUACACACAUUUUAAGUAGUUUAAGAAGAAUUUUUAAACUGAGCUUUAGGAAACCAUCCUUUUAAAGUAGGACUUAAGCAUUUCAUGUUUUGGUUUCAGUCCCGUAUGGCUUUCCUCUUCAAUUUUUGGAAUUAAGACAGUGGUUUUUCCACCACCUUUUUUGGUGCUUCCAAAAAAGGGACAAUGUACAUCAUUUCUGGAGUUUUUUGUGUGCUUUACAAAAGUGUGCCAAACCCUGUGUUCUCACUUUGGAGUCAAUAGUUUUUUGUUUUUAAUUUUUUUAAACCUCAGGUGUUUAAAAAACUUCUGGUGUUUUUCCCUGAAACAUUUAUACACAACGACGAGGUGAUUUUGUAUUGUUCCACAAACAGACACCAAAAUGCCUUGUUUUUAGUUAGUUGGUUUGGGGUUUCAAAUUGUCUUGUUUUCUGUUGGUUUGCUUGUGUUUUUUUUUGUUUUUGGGGGGUUUUUUUAGGGAUAAGUAGGAAGAAUUGAAAAAAUGUUUAAAAAUCUCGUGACCUAGGACACUUGGAUUAAAUAAAAUGGUGAACUAUCAAAACAA